AUUUCUCGAGAACGCGCGCCUGUAGCCUGGGGAGCUCCACGAGCGAGAGGAGGGGCAGAAGCCGCGCAGCGAGCAGCUUCAACGCUUGCGGGUCCUUGAGUCUUUUUCCGGUGCUGUGCUUUCGCGGUUUUCUUUGCAGAAACGCGGCCGUCUCCUUUAACUAAAAAGAGGACACCGAGAGAAGAUAGAUAUAAAGUCUGGAGAAAAGGAGGACAGUUGAGGGCAGACGAAAAGGAGGGAAGAAGAGAAAGCGACGGUGAAAGGAAAGAGGGAGAACAAGAAGACCAAGAAGUAGCCAGCAGAGCAGCAAGAAGAAGAACAAGAAGAAGAACAAGAAGGAGAACAAGAAGAAGAGAGAUGAGGGAGGUCCAGAAAUCUCUGAGAGGUGGACGCGGGAGGAAGACCGGGGCAAUGAAAGGCAGAGAGAAGACAGGAUUUUCGCCUGCUUCGCUUCCAGUGCCUUCUGAGGAUAGCCUUCGUGGAGAAGAAGACUUUACCUCUGAGGAAUCUUUAACAGAUGUCUCGGUGCGGUCGAGAGAGACGCGCAAGAGCAAGUCUUCACAGCAAAGGGCAGACGAAGGAAUCGAAGAAGAAAGCGAGGAGACGGAGGCCACAACGAACUCCGAAGAAGAUGGAGUGACUAGUGAAGACGAAGAAGAGGAAGAAGAAGAAGAGGAAGAAGAAGAAGAGGAAGAAGACGAAGAAGACGAAGAAGAUGAAGAAGAUGAAGACGAGGAAGAAGAUGAAGACGAGGAAGAGGAAGAUGGAGAAGAAUCCGAAGAAGAGGAAGAAGAAACCGAAGAAGAUGGCGAGGAGAACGAAGAAGAGGGAGAAGAGGGCGGAACGGAUAGCGUUAACUUUGAGGCUGAGCUUGAGACUGAAGAGGCCGAAGCGAAGGCAGAGAGAUCUGGAGGCGCUGGCGCGUCUGUUUCUUUCGCUGAUGCAAAGAAGGGGAGGAGGAAAGAGCAGAGAGCAGGCGAGAAAGGCAGCGAGGCAGAAAGCUCUGUGAAGGGAGGAGGCGAGAACGCUCCUUCAAAUCGCUUGAGAAGGUUCGAGAGACUUCUGGAGGUUGCGAACCCAAUGGAGGAACCGGGGGAUUUGCUUUCUGACGAGGACGAGGAAGAAAAUCGAAUUGGAAAUGUUCCACUUUGGUGGUAUGAGAAAUACGAUCACAUCGGCUACGACCGAGACGGACAGCGAAUCGUGAAGCAGCUCUCCUCCUCCGCCGUCGACCGACUGCUUGCGCAGGACGAUCCAGAGGGCUGGCGAACAAUUGUCGAUGUGAAGAACAACAAGAAAUAUCGACUGACAGACACAGACCUCGAGAUCAUUCGCCGCAUACGAAGCGGCGCCUUCCCCGCGCCCACCCACGACGACGAGGAAGUCCUGAUUGAGUCCGACCUCGAAGAUAGCAUCUUCCCCAUGCACAACAAGCCGGUGCCGAAGAGUCGCUUUCUGCCGUCGAAGCACGAGCAGAAGAAGAUCACGCACUUGGUUCAUCAAAUUCGUUCUGGGCGGCUGCUGAAGGAGGCGCAGCGGCAGCGCGCGGAGGCGUCGCCGGCAGCAGUCUUCGACCUCUGGGGCACCAAUGUCUACGUAGACCGCAGCGGCGGCGACAGGCGCAAGAAAGGCUUGCCUGUCGCUCUCCCUGCCCCCAAGCUCGCUCUCCCUGGACAUGCGGAGAGCUACAACCCCCCGGAAGAAUUCCUUUUCAACGAAGACGAGAAAAAGCAGUGGGAAGCGAUGGCGCCGGAAGACCGGCCUCUCUCGUUCCUGCCUCAGAGACACUCGGCUCUCCGUCUCGUCGGAGCCUACAAGGAUCUUAUCCUUGAAAGGUUUAACCGUUGUUUGGAUUUGUAUUUGUGUCCACGUUCAUUGAAGAUGGCGAUGAACGUGGAUCCGGAGUCGCUUCUGCCGCAGUUGCCGUCGCCGAAUGAGUUGCGUCCGUUUCCGACGCAUCGCCGCGUCGACUACCUGCCCCUGUCUCUGUACUGUCAGUUCCAGCCUCAGGCUCUGCCUCUGCUCACGCUCUCUGAGGCGCGCCGGCGGGCGCGCGAAGAGCAGGGCAGCGUGCAUGCAGCGAGCUCGAAGAGCGGCGACGCAGCUGAGUUGUCUGCAUGCUGCGUGGACUACACCGGACAGUGGGUGGCUGUGGGGGGUGCGGACCAGACACUGCGCGUAGUGGAGCUCCUCACGGGGAAGCAGUUUCUCUCCUUUCGUCUACAGCAGCCAGUCACUGCGCUUGCCUUCCAUCCACGACUGCCUCUCUUGGCGGCGGCGAUAGAGGACCAGCUGCUGCUGCUCGUUCUCGACCUUCCGCUCUUUGAUCAGACAACUGCGUCGCAGCUCACGCAGGCAAGCGAGCGAGGCGAGGCGAAGGCAGGGGAGGCGAAGAAGCACCGCGCCUGCGGCAGCGAAGGCGCCGACGCAGAGAGCGAGCAUCCCGCCCAAGACGAAAGCGAGGGAGACAUGCGACGAGCGGACCUGGCGAAGGCGAAGGCGCUCCUGAAGAGAGUUCAUGAAGUUGUGGAGAGCGACGAGGAAGGAACGGAGGAAGAAAGUUCCAAAGCGGAGAAGGAAGAAGAUGAAGCUCUGGGAGAAAAACGCAGACAACAAACUCUCAAGGGUGUGGGUGUGUGGAAGCAGAUCGAUGUGAAGGGCGCGGCUGCGCCGGUGGAAGCAGGGGGGCUCCAGAGUGAAAAGAAGAAGAAAGGCCUUCCGCUCCUCCAACUGAAGCGUGGAGAGGAAACGAAGAAGCAGACGCUUCCGGAAGAGGAGGAGACAGUCAGCGCGCCGCUCGGAGGCAUUCUGUGCGGCAUCAGCAUUCUGCAUGACUCAACCAUCCGAAGCCUCACCUGGCACCACAAGGGGACUUAUCUGAUCGCUAUGUGCCCCGGAAGCGCGUCGCCGUCUCAGCAGUGUUCGGUCCACAGUCUGGAAAAGCAAAAGACAAUUCACCCGAUCCGACGGGCAGCCGGAGGUCACAUGAAGGCCGCGGUUUUCCACGCGACCAAGCCUUGGCUGAUCGUCGCCUACCAUAAAGGGAUUCGAAUCUUCGACUUGCAUAGCAACAAAAAGGUCGGACCGAAGGGAGGCAAACACCAAGCUCUUGUUCGGAAACUUGUCGGCGCCGAAGCCAUCUCGUCUAUAGACGUCCACCCAUCUGGAGAGCAAAUCAUCGCGGGAGCAGAGAAUCGCCGGCUGUACAUUUUCGAUCUGGAGUUGUCGAGUCGCGUCUACAAGAUCAUGCGCUCUCACAAGGGCGCCAUCACAUGCGCCUGUCUCCAUCCUUCCUUCCCUCUUAUGUGUACGGCGUCUGCGGACGGGACCGUGCAAAUCUACCAUUUCAAGGUUUUCAACGAUUUGAUCACGAACCCCCUCAUUGUCCCAGUUCGGACUCUCCGAGUGGUAGAAGAGCCUCAAAAAAACGGCGGCGUCCUGUGUUGCAUGUGGCAUCCGACGCAGCCGUGGCUCGUCACAGCAGACCGCUCAGGCCAGUGCAGCCUCUGGACGUGAAGUGUUUUACGUUUCGAAUGUUCAUCCAGUCUUGCUCUCUCGUUCAGGAACUUAGCCGCCUUGCAAGUGACAAAUGUAUGCGCCUGGCAAUUGCUCAGACGCGUAGACCGUGCCAAGACUUCCGUGUGUGCACCACAAGAGAUUCGUGUGGCAGAAAAGCCGAAGAAAAAAAACGUUCUGCCUUUGCCGUCGACACCACCUAGAGAACUGUGGGCUAUACAGGUGAAAUGCGGCUUCCAACUCCAAGUGAAACAACUCGUUUCUGAACGUAAAAGCUCACCCUAUGUCAAUCAUCUCCUCUAAGGGUAUUUAUCGUUUCGUGGCCGACAACGCGUCUUCUGCAUGAAGCAGUUGCUCGUGUGAGGCAGCGACCCAAAC